AUGUGGCACCGCGCGAGCGACAUGCAAUGCACGUCCUACACCCUCGCUUUUCCCCUACCCGGCAUGGUCUUGGAUUUCUCGCCCAUGAUUCAGAUCUUCGGUCUCCUGAAUGGGGACAUACCCGAGCUCUCCACAUUGUCCGUGCUUGACCUCAAGGCACCUAUGUGCGGCCUGGACCGCGACACACUCGACGCAUACUUCGACGCUGCCCCGCACUUGCGGUGGCUGCACAUCGGAUGCGGGAGGGAUGCGAGCUUCCCGUUGCCGGCAUACGUCUUCGACUCCCUCUCGACACGAAGCGAGGCCCCCGACGCGGACUCGAAUGGCUCCGACGCGGCGGUGCGCUGUCCGAAGUUGACGUAUCUCGGCCUGGGAGGGCUGGACUGGGACGGCGGGGCGGUCAUGGACGCAGCGCUGGGCUGCUUGCGGACACGGGCAGCGUUAGGCGUGCCGCAACUCGAGCACCUGGCCAUCCGCGUCAGGCCACGGCCCCCCGAGGAGGAGCCGGAAGGUGGGUGGGGGCCGGCGGUCGCGCGGUAUGCAACGCAGCUGCAGGAGAUGGUGUCGCACCAGUUCUCGUUUGCGGUUGGCCCUGAACGUGGAGUCUAUUAG